CCACCACGACCACUUUACAAGCGCAACGAGCUUGACGACGGCGACGACGAGUGCAGCGCGAAAUUUACAGUUGAUCAGCGCCACUUGUAAGUGAAUCUUCAUCGAGCUCAGUCGCAAUCGCUCGUGCGACUACGUAAUUAGUGUCGUUGGUAACAAUUUAAACUAGAUCGGUGAUUGUAAAAUGGUGAUUAACUUCGGAGCCGGGCCGGCUAAGCUACCCCGCGAAGUUCUGCUGGAAGUGCAGAAGGAACUCGUCGAACAUGGUUCCAGUGGCAUGAGCGUCAUGGAGAUGUCCCAUCGGGGAACGUCCUACAUGAAACUGCACAACGAAACUGUCGAUUUGGCUCGAGAGCUGCUCCAGGUUCCCGACAACUACAAGGUCCUGCUGAUGCAAGGAGGUGGCACCGGGUUGUUCGCUGCGGUUGCUAUGAACCUGAUCGGACGAACCGGUACCGCUGACUAUAUGGUUACCGGUUCUUGGUCUGCCAAGGCAGCGAAGGAAGCCGCCAAGUACGGCAAGGUCAACCAAGUCGUUGCUAAGCCGGACAAAUGUACACGUGUGCCCGAUUGCAAGGAAUGGAAACUGGACCCGAUCGCUUCCUAUGUGUACUACUGUGAUAACGAAACCAUCGAGGGUGUCGAAUUCGACUCGGUUCCGGAAACAAACGGAAUUCCUCUGGUGGUGGACAUGUCGUCCAACAUCAUGUCCCGACCGGUCGACAUCAAAAAGUACGGAGUUAUCUUCGCUUGCGCUCAGAAGAACAUUGGUCCAGCUGGAAUCACGCUGGUCGUCGUCCGGGAGGACCUCAUCGGUCAUCAACUGCCGAUAACUCCCACAAUUCUAGACUUUUCCAUCGUGGCGAAGGACAACUCAAUCAACAACACUCCCCCGACGUUCAUAAUCCACGUCGUCGGUCGGGUCUUCAGCUGGAUCAAACGUCACGGUGGUGUAGAGAAAAUGUACCAAGCAUCCCUGACCAAGUCCAACAUGAUCUACGACGUGAUUGCCGCAUCCAAAGACUUCUACUACUGCCCUGUCGAACGAAACGUUCGCAGCCGGAUGAACGUACCGUUCCGCAUCGGCGGAGCCGGUGGAAACGAAACACUGGAAAAGGAGUUUCUCAAGGGAGCCGAAGCUUUGGGGAUGCAGCAGCUGAAAGGUCACCGCCUCGUAGGAGGAAUCCGAGCAUCCCUCUACAAUGCCGUAACCGUCGCGGAAGUGGAAGCCCUCCAGAAGUACAUGCUAGACUUCCACGCAAAGAAUUCAUAAUCACAACCAUGUUUUAUUAAAAGUCCAUUAGACAAAACAGCACCUCUAUUCCA